AUGUUCGUUCAUGGGAUUAAGCCAGGAUCUAGCGAGGAAGAAGAAGAAGAAGAUGUCAUGGAUAUUCUCCAGAAACGUCGGGAAGAAUGCGAGCGCAAGGCGAGGAGGGGGGAGAUGGACCCCCGGCUGGAGUUCACCUUCCAGCUCCUCAUCGACGGCACCGGGCUCCCCAGACACGCCAUCAUGGACCAUGUGUUCGAAGGAAAUAUGCUGGACGACAUCAACCAGCUCUUCCUUCCCCACAUGAGGAACAAACUGCUCUGGUACUACCAAGACGUGGAGGAGGUGGAACAGAAGUCUCAAGCCGAUGGCACGAAGCCCCGACAGCAAGGGCAAGGUAAGCAGCCACCGCCUCAAGUGACUCUCAAGAAGAAACUGUUCUUGUCUGACGGCUGGGACGUGAAGUUCACUGGAGUGUGUAUCUACAUGUUCCGAAUCAAUGUCAGUAAGCAGCUGCCUGAAGAAGGGUUUCACAAAGAUCUUUUCUGCGGGAUACUGAACGCUGAGAAGGUGGGCUUGGUGACUGCGAUCGAGCGGGUGAUGGAGCACGUGUACAUGAGUGCGCUUGCGCAUCCCAGCGUUUGUGAAGACGUGUGCAACCAGAUAAACCUAUUCGAUGACGGUCAAGCCAUAAUGGCUAGCAUUCAAGACCAGAGUGAGCUGAAGGAGAUGACCAAAAACCCCACCACCAUCACGAUGCUGGAAGACCGCGUCACCGAAUGGGUUAAGAAAGUCAUGGAGAUACUAAGUGAAAGUGAACAGUUGCGCCGAGAAGUGGACUCGAGUGGACCUCAAGACGAACUGGAAUAUUGGAAGAAAAGGGGGGCACAGUUUUCCCAGCUCGUGUCUUACUUGCAGGACAAUGAAGUGCAAUUGACGCUGACGGCCCUACAACUGGCCAAUUCCAAAGUGAUUCGCCUGUGGCGCGACACCGACCACAAAAUAACUUUCUGCUACAACGAGGCGAAAGACAAUGCCAAGUUCAUCCAGGCCAUGGAGAAAUGCUGCCAUUCCCUUUACUUGGAUGACCCAGUCAAGAUCAAAGAUUCCAUCUUGAGCCUGCUGCAGACCGUCAGGUUGAUUCACAGUGUGUCACAGUUUUAUAAUACAUCAGAGAGGAUUUCUUCGCUCAUGGUCAAGAUUACAAACCAAAUGAUUGAGACUUGCAAACAGUACAUCACUUGCCGUUUCAAAGAAACCAUCUGGUCUCAAGAGCGAUCUCUGGUCAGAGAAAAGCUCAUCCACUGCAUCAACCUCAACAAGACAUACCGAGAAACAUAUCUCUUCGUUAAGAACCAACCAUUUUUACCCAACACAGAGCAGUUCAGCUUCUCCGAAAACUAUGUGUUCGGGAAAUUCGAUACGUUUUGUAAGCGGUUGAAUAAAGUCAUCACCAUGUUCGAUCUCAUGGAUGAUUAUAACCAUCUAUUUGCGAAAAGGAUGGAGGGACUUCUUCUUGGUGAAGACUUGGAAGAAGCAGUACACACAUUCGAAGAAGCUAAGAAGGUGGUGACGACAUGCCAGUACGACUACCUGGACUAUCGUAACAACGAGUUCGACAAGGACUACCAAGUGUUUGAGGGGAAGACCAACACCCUGCGAGAGUCCAUUGGGAAUACAAUAGAGCUGAACUUCUCUAGCGUAUGGGAGACGCCGCAAGGGAUCAAGUUCCUGACAAGGUUUGAGAAAGUUAGUCAAAAGAUUCAAAUAACAAAACUGAGCGAAAAGUAUGACCGUGUACUGAAAUACUGUGAAAAAGAGGUGGACAAGAUCACUAAGAUGUUCAAAAGGCAGAGAGAGGACCCUCCGCUGCCGAGGAACUACUCACCUGUCGCAGGUCGCAUCAAAUGGUCGCGCUGCCUCAUGUUCAACAUGCGGGAGACUGUGGAAAGCGUGUGCGCACAUCCCGUAUUACGUGCCCUGCCCGCUGCUGCUGACGUCACGCGCAAGUAUACCAACACUCGCUCCCUGGUGUCCACCUACGAGGAAACCAUGAGGGCCGUAUGGAUGAAUCAGAACCUUUGGGAUGUGGACGACAGUCUAAACAACACAUUACUUCGCAUCGACGAGUCUGGCCGCAUCUGCGUGAACCUGGAUCACACCAUCCGCCUGCUGAUCCGGGAGUCCGACUGCCUCGUCAAGAUGGGUAUAGAUCUGCCUAUAGUCUGUCACUCGCUGUACGCUAAGAAGAACUAUUUUACGCUGGUCAAUGACUCUUUACAGUUCCUCCUCGAAGACUACAUCACCACCGUCAGGCGCGUCAAGCUGGAAGUGCGUCCUCUCUUCCUGCCACAAGUGGUUCGCCUUUCGUCUUUACUCCUGCCUGGUCUCCGCCACGUCACCUGGACUAGCGGGGACUGGAAGGAGUUCAUCGACUGCGCCGACGCCGCCAUCAAGUGCUUCGAUGUCCUGGUCACGAGGGUCCACGACAUCUACACUAAUAGGAUCAUCUACGUCCUUUCGGGGAUGCAAGAUGUUUCUUUGAUUACGUUGCCUGAGGAAACUCCAUGGUCUGUCGAAGAGUUCAUAGAAAAUGUGGAAACUGGAUGCCGCAAUGCAUGUGUGGAGUUCAACCGCAAGAGUCUGAUGGUGGAAGAAGCCGUGGAAGAGGUGUUGGACCUGGUGAAGAAGGCAGCUCAGCAGAUCAGGCCGACUGAGAUCAACCCUGACUUUGAGUUCCUGAUUGCUGAUGACGAUCCUCAAGCAGGAAGUGGCCCAGCGUCCACUGCUAAUGAGUCGACCUCCAGCGGACAGCAGGACUGGUCAGCAGUUUGGGAGUGCUUCGAGAACCCGCACAAAUUGCUGUCCACGCCUGCUGGUGGGCUGUCCAAAAGCAUGCAGGAAAUGGUGAAGAACGCCGUGAGCGAAAUGCGGAGGUACUACAGCAGGAAGGUGGUGGAUGUUCUGAUCAAGGUCACCCGGAGGACCCUUGACCUCAUCAUCAAGAGGUUCUGCUCUGACCCGGCCAUCACCGAAGAAUACGUGAAGAAGCCGAUAUUCUUACUCCAAGCAACCCUCAUGAUCCCGAAUGUGUCUGUGAAGCCGACCCUGGAUGAAAUACAGGAAGUGUUGACCAUCGCUGGGAAACACAUAUCAGGACUGUCCAAGGGAGUCGCCCAAUGGUCCGGAGGGAAGGUCCCUAGGGUUAACUGGAAGAAGAUCGCAGGCCGCCCGUCGAACCACCUUCUAGAAGUAGUCACGAAGCUUGACGAACAGGUGCAAUCAGGGGCUGCGCAAAACGCGGGUAUGCAGCAAAAGGGCCUUAAAGUUAUCGAGGCAGCGAAGAUUCGGCGCAAGAGACACUACCGCCUUGAGUCGGAGGAGAAGCCGUCGUUCCCAUUCCAACAGAAAAACUUCUAUAACCACGUCAUGGAGAACAAGGAAGUCGUCAAGACCUUGUCGCAAAUGUCUACAUGCACGCAGAAUAUCAAAACAGAGCUGAACAACUUGGUGAAGCGCUGGCGUCCGUACCACUACCUCUGGAAAUGUGAGAAGACCCUGCGCCAACUGCUGUCCUGGAACUUGAAUGACUUUGAACUGUCGCUGAAGAAGCACAGCGAGCUGGAAGCCAAGCUGGCGACCGAGCCCGACGUGCUGGUCAUAGGCACCUGCCUCGCUGUGUCCACCGAGAAACUCAAGCUUGGACUGACUACAGAGUUGAAAAACGGCACUCACAGAAUAAGUCAAGCUAUGCGCAAGAAAUAUAAACGUGAGAUGGACUACGUUUAUGCCAUCAUGAAUGAUCUAGAACGUAAGCUGGAGAGACCCAUAAGAGACCUGGAUGACGUCAGGACUGUCAUGGAGACUCUGAAGAAGAUACGGGAACAAGAAGUUGACAUGGAACUCAAAAUUGACCCGGUUGAAGAAGCCUUCAACAUAAUCACUCGCUAUGAGCUGCCUGUGAGCAAAGAGGAUUUAGAACAGGUUGAUAAUCUCCGCUACACUUGGCAACAGCUGCAAGCGCAGGCGUUGGCAACCCAUUUCCAGCUUUUGAAAAUGCAGCCGACCUUCUCUGAUGACCUCAAGAACAACCUGGACAGGUUUAGGGAUGACAAUACGGAGUACUGCCAUGAGUAUCGCCAUGCAGGCCCUAUGCAGCCUGGCUUGAGCCCUAGGGAGGCAUCAGAUAGGUUGAUUCUCUUCCAGAACCGCUUCGAUGGCAUGUGGCGUAAACUACAAACCUACCAAAAUGGCGAGGAACUAUUUGGUCUUCCUCACACGGAAUACCCUGAACUUGCGCAAAUAAGAAAGGAGCUAAACCUUUUGCAAAAGCUGUAUAAACUGUACAAUGACGUCAUCGACCGAGUCAGCAGCUAUUAUGAUAUUCCAUGGGGUGAAGUCAACAUCGAGGAGAUCAACAAUGAGCUUAUGGAGUUUCAAAAUAGGUGCCGAAAGCUGCCAAAGGGCCUUAAAGAAUGGCCUGCCUUCUUCGCGCUUAAGAAGACAAUAGAUGACUUCAACGACAUGUGCCCGCUCUUGGAGCUGAUGGCCAACAAAGCGAUGAAAGCGCGUCACUGGCAACGUAUCAUGGAGGUCACCAAAUACAUCUUCGAACUUGACAACGAGGACUUCUGCUUGAAGAAUAUUCUGGAGGCACCUUUGUUGCAGAAUAAAGAGGAUAUUGAGGAUAUCUGCAUCUCAGCGAUGAAGGAGAAGGACAUCGAAGCAAAGCUUCGGCAAGUGACCAACGAGUGGUCCGUCCACGAGCUGACCUUCCAAACCUUCAACAACAGGGGAGAACUCCUCCUCCGAGGAGAUACCACGGCGGAGACCAUCGGACAGCUGGAAGACAGUCUCAUGAUCCUCGGCUCGCUACUAUCCAAUCGAUACAACGCACCAUUCAGAAAGCAGAUACAGCAGUGGCUUUACGACCUGCAAAGUACGAACGAGAUCUUAGAACGCUGGUUGCUAGUGCAAAAUAUGUGGGUGUACCUUGAAGCUGUAUUCGUAGGGGGUGACAUCGCCAAACAACUGCCCAAAGAAGCCAAGCGGUUCUCAAAAAUUGACAAAUCUUGGCAGAAGAUCAUGCAAAGGGCUCAUGAGACACCUGGAGUCGUAUCCUGUUGCGUCGGAGACGAUUUAUUAAGACAAUUGCUUCCGCAUCUCCAAGAACAGCUGGAACUCUGUCAGAAAAGUUUGAGUGGCUAUCUAGAGAAGAAGAGGACAAUGUUUCCUAGAUUCUUCUUUGUCUCUGAUCCAGCCCUGUUAGAAAUUCUUGGACAGGCUUCAGAUUCACAUACCAUACAGAAUCAUCUGCUGUCCAUAUUUGACAAUAUUCGUUAUGUCAAGUUCCAUGAUAUUGAAUACAACAAGAUGAUUGCUAUUGUUUCUUCGGAGGGUGAAGAGAUAAAGCUGGAGCGUCCCGUACGGGCAGAGGGUUCUGUGGAGACCUGGCUGACGUCACUGUUGCAGUCGGCUCAAAGCAGCCUGCACUCCAUCAUCCGCAACGCGGUGUCCAUCCUCAACGAUCCCGCUUUCAAUUUGCUGCUGUUCCUUGACAAAAUGCCGGCACAGGUUGGACUUCUGGGCAUCCAAAUAAUAUGGACUCGUGAUGCAGAACUAGCACUGAUGCAAGCUCGGCAAGACAAGAAAAUAAUGAUGGAAACCAACAAUAAGUUUUUGGAACUGCUGAACACAUUGAUUGAUCAGACCACCAGGGACUUACUGAAGAUUGAAAGAAUUAAGUUUGAGACUCUUAUUACUAUCCAUGUCCAUCAAAGGGACAUUUUUGAUGUACUGUGCCGUCUCAACGUCCGAUCGGCGACCGACUUCGAGUGGCUGAAGCAAUGCCGUUUCUACUUCAAAGACGACGCGGACAAGACCUGGAUAUCGGUGACGGAUGUGGUAUUCACAUACCAGAACGAAUACCUUGGGUGCACUGAUCGCCUUGUCAUUACUCCUCUUACUGACAGAUGUUACAUAACAUUAGCACAGGCUCUAGCGAUGAGCAUGGGAGGCGCGCCUUGCGGGCCGGCGGGUACUGGUAAGACUGAGACCGUCAAGGACAUGGGGAAGACCCUUGCGAAGUAUGUCGUGGUGUUCAACUGCUCUGACCAAAUGGACUAUAGAGGUCUCGGCCGGAUCUACAAAGGCCUCGCCCAGUCAGGUUCCUGGGGCUGCUUCGACGAGUUCAAUCGUAUCGAGCUGCCCGUGCUCUCAGUCGCCGCACAGCAGGUGGCCGUGGUGCUCGCGGCGAAAAAGGAAAAGAAGAAGACCUUCGUCUUCACGGACGGAGACGUCUCCGAAAUGUGCCCGGAGUUCGGCAUUUUUAUCACUAUGAAUCCAGGCUAUGCCGGUCGCAAGGAACUCCCUGAGAACCUGAAGAUCCAGUUCCGCACCGUCGCCAUGAUGGUGCCCGACCGGCAGAUCAUCAUCAGGGUCAAGCUGGCCUCCUGCGGCUUCCUCGAGAAUAUUACGCUCGCCCGCAAGUUCUACACUUUGUAUAAGUUGUGUGAGGAGCAGCUCACCAAACAGGUCCACUACGAUUUCGGCCUCCGCAACAUCCUUUCUGUCCUCCGCACCCUCGGCGCAGUCAAACGGGUCAACUCCAAAGACAACGAGAGCACCAUAGUCAUGAGAGUGCUUCGCGACAUGAACCUGUCCAAACUGAUAGACGAAGAUGAACCACUCUUCAUUUCACUCGUCUCAGAUCUGUUCCCGAACCAAGCGCUGGACAAAACAACGUACAACGACCUUGAGGAUGCAAUAAAGAAACAGGUGGAGAGCUCAGGGCUGAUAUACCACCCGCCUUGGGCUCUCAAAGUUAUACAGCUAUACGAAACUCAACGAGUUCGUCAUGGAAUCAUGACAUUAGGGCCUCCAGGGGCCGGUAAAACCACGUGCAUUCAUACACUUAUGAACGCUCUGUCUGAAGUUGAGAACCCUCAUAGGGAGAUGCGCAUGAAUCCGAAAUCUAUAACAGCUGCGCAAAUGUUCGGGCGUCUCGAUGUGGCCACUAACGAUUGGACAGAUGGGAUAUUCUCAGCCCUUUGGAGGAAAACACUUAAAAUCAAAACCGGAGAAUAUAUCUGGCUGGUGCUCGAUGGACCAGUCGACAGCAUUUGGAUCGAGAAUUUGAACUCUGUGCUAGAUGAUAAUAAGACCUUGACUCUAGCCAAUGGUGACCGUUUGACAAUGUCGCCUACAUCGAAGAUUAUAUUCGAACCGGAGAACAUCGAUAAUGCAUCUCCAGCUACUGUAUCUAGAAAUGGAAUGGUUUACAUGAGCUCAUCGGGGUUGGAUUGGGAUCCAGUUGUUCGUGCUUGGCUAAAGUCAAGAUCGGCCAGAGAAGUUGAAGUAUUUAGCGUACUUUUUGACCAGACUUUCUUUGGCAUCUACACAUGGUGCACACAGAAUUUGACUUUCAGUAUGAAGGUCCUUCAAAGCAAUAUUGUGCUUCAAAUGUUGAAUCUCCUGGAAGGUCUUGUACCACCACAGAAUGUCGAACCAGUAGAAGAUACAUCUGGCAGCAAAUCAGUCAAUGGUGAUAUGGAUGAUGAAGAAGAAAAAGAAAAAGUAGAAGAAAUAGUGCUGUUCACCCAUGAACAUUUGCAAAAAAUAUAUGUGUUUUCAUUAGUUUGGGGUUUCGGAUCUCUAUUAGAAACCAACGACAGAGAUCGAUUUGACACAUACAUCAAGAAAAACUUCUCAGAAAUUCUAGACAUUCCGAAGCAUCCAAAUAAUAAACCCAGCAAUCUUUUUGAUUUCUACGUCAAAAAUUCUGGAAAAUGGGAACUAUGGGAUGAUCUGGUAACACCUUAUGUGUACCCGGACACAGCCACUCCAGAUUAUGCCAGUAUUCUUGUGCCUAUAACGGACAAUGUAAGAAUUGACUACAUGAUCCACUGUAUCGCUAAACAAGGAAAAGCUGUCUUACUUUUAGGAGAACAAGGUUCUGCCAAGACGGUCAUGAUGAAAGCAUAUAUGAAAAAUGCCAAUCCUGACCAAUUUAUGAGUCGAUCCUUUAACUUUUCAUCUGCCACCAGUCCCUAUCAAUUCCAGAAGACAAUAGAAAGUUAUGUUGAAAAACGUAGUGGUAUGACUUUUGGUCCUCCCGGCGGCAAAAAAAUGCUCGUAUUCAUCGACGAUAUUAACUUACCCCAAAUCAAUGAAUGGGGUGACCAAAUAACUAACGAAAUUGUAAGGCAGACGAUGAGCAUGGGUGGAUUUUAUAGCCUGGAGAAACCUGGUGAUUUUACAACCAUUGUUGAUAUUCAAUUUCUUGGUGCCAUGGGCCAACCAGGUGGUGGCAGAAAUGACAUUCCAGCAAGAUUGAAGCGCCAGUUUGCGAUUUUCAACUGUCCUUUGCCAAAUAACGAUUCAAUUGAUAAGAUAUUCAAAGUGAUCGGUGAAGGUCAUUACAACGCUCGCAGAGGAUUUGCUGCAGAUGUGAGGUCAUUGAUCAAGAAGGUUAUACCGCUAACAAGAGAGCUUUGGAUGAGAACUAGAUUGAAUUUGUUACCUACACCAGCAAAAUUCCACUAUGUAUUUUCUUUGAGGGAUCUAUCCAGAGUGUGGCAAGGAAUGGUGGGGACUUUACCUACAGUGAUUGAAUCAGAAAAAUGUCUGAUGUUACUAUGGAAACAUGAAUGCUCCAGAGUAUUUUCUGACCGCUUCACUCAUCAGGUUGAUAAAGAUUGGUUUAACAAAGCUCUUUAUGACAUAGCGGAGGAGGUGUUAGGAGUUGAAUACAGAAAGAUGAUGGAUAAGGAACCGGUCUUUGUCGACUUUAUGAGAGAUGCUCCUGAGCCAACAGGAGAAGAGGGAGAAGACGCAGACAUGGAAUUGCCAAAAGUAUACGAGCCUGUAUUCGACUACAGUGAGCUAAGAGAACGGUUAGACAUGUUCUUGGCUCAAUUCAACGAAAUGGUCCGAGGUUCUGGCAUGGAUCUUGUGUUCUUCCCUGACGCUAUGUUACACUUGGUUAAAAUAUCGAGAGUAAUUCGACAUCCUAGAGGAAACGUCAUGUUGGUAGGAGUAGGUGGGUCUGGGAAGCAAUCACUCACAAAACUGUCAACGUUUAUUGCAGGCUAUCGAUCUUUUCAAAUUGCUCUUACCAGAUCUUACAAUGUAGGCAAUUUUCUUGAAGAUCUCAAGCUUCUGUACAGAUCUUGUGGCGUACAAGGAAAAGGCACAACGUUUGUAUUCACAGACUUGGACAUUAAAGAGGAAGGAUUCCUGGAAUACCUGAACAAUAUUCUGUCGUCUGGCGUUAUAUCAAAUUUAUUUACCAAGGAUGAGCAACAAGAAAUAAUUUCUGAGCUAACACCAAUAAUGAAGAGAGAAAACCAAAAGCGUACGCUAAACAAUGAACUCGUGAUGGAAUAUUUUUUGAACAGGACAUGUCAGAAUUUGCAUGUCGUUCUAUGUUUUUCACCUGUAAGCGAAGCAUUUAGAUACCGUGCAUUAAGGUUUCCAGCAUUAAUAUCCGGAUGCACUAUCGAUUGGUUUCAACCUUGGCCUAAAGACGCGCUGGUGUCUGUUGCUGAUCAUUUUCUAGCUGAAUUUGAAAUCGAAUGCACCAAAGAAGUUAAAAAAGAAUUGGUCACCGUACUAGGAACUAUUCAAGACGUAGUGUCCAAGGUUUCUACGGAGUAUUUCCAAAGAUUCCGUCGAUCAUCACACGUGACGCCUAAAUCAUAUUUAAAUUUUAUUGGUGGAUACAAAACUAUUUAUCACAUGAAGCAAAAAGAGCUUGGAGAUGGCGCGUUAAGAAUGGAUACUGGAUUAGAAAAAUUAAGGGAGGCUGCCAUUUCAGUAGAAUUACUGAAGAAAGACUUGGCUGUCAUGGAACAAGACUUAGCUUUGGCUUCUGAAAAGGCUGAUCUCGUGUUAACUCAAGUUACAGAAAGAGCUAUGCAAGCUGAAAUCGUUAAGAAUCAAGUACAAAUUGUGAAAGAAAAGGCUGAGGCCUUGGUGGCUUACAUUGCUGAAGAGAAAGAAAAAGCUGAACUGAAAUUGGAAGCUGCUAAACCAGCUUUAGAAGAAGCUGAAGCAGCUUUGAACACGAUCAAGCCAGCUCACAUAGCUACAGUUCGUAAAUUAGGCAGACCACCACAUCUUAUUAUGAGGAUUAUGGAUUGUGUGCUGAUAUUGUUUCAAAGAAGGUUACAUCCUCUUAUUCCUGAUACAGCUGCACCAUGUCCAAAACCUUCUUGGGCUGAAUCACUCAAGAUGAUGGCCAGUACAACUUUCCUGCUGCAACUUCAGAACUACCCAAAAGAUAUAAUCAACAACGAGAUGGUGGAGCACUUGCUCCCGUAUUUUGAAAUGGAAGACUACAACAUGGACACUGCAAAACGCGUCUGCGGUGACGUAGCGGGUCUUUUGUCAUGGACUAAAGCGAUGGCCUUCUUUCAUAGCGUCAACAAGGAGGUGUUACCGUUGAAAGCAAACUUACUGCUUCAAGAAGCUAGAUUGAAAGUGGCAAUGGAAGACUUGGCUUCGGCUGAACGGCAGCUUGAAGAGCGUGAAAUGUCCUUGCGUAAAGUUAAAGAACAAUAUGAAUCGGCCGUAUCAGAAAAGCAGCAGUUAACAGAUGCUGCUAAUGUGUGUCUAAGAAAGAUGACUGCAGCUACGGCUCUUAUCAAUGGGCUUGGGGGUGAAAAGAUCAGAUGGACUCAACAAAGCAAAGAUUUUAAAGAGCAGCUUGGACGUUUGGUCGGUGACGUCGUUCUUGCAACUGGAUUCUUGUCGUACUGCGGACCUUAUAACCAAGAGUUCAGAAACAGUUUGCUUGAUACUUGGAUGGAUAUAUUGAAAAAGAAACAAAUACCUGUUACUGAUAACUUAAACAUUACAAACAUGCUAGUGGAGAGUGCAACUAUAUCCGAAUGGACUUUACAAGGUUUGCCCAACGAUGAACUUUCUGUACAAAAUGCACUCAUUGUAACGAAAUCCAGUUCAUAUCCGCUUCUAGUUGAUCCGCAGAGCCAAGGGAAGAACUGGAUAAAAAACAAAGAAAGUACAAAUGAGUUACAAAUCACUUCCUUGAAUCAUAAAUAUUUUCGUACUCAUCUUGAAGAUAGUUUGUCUCUAGGACGUCCACUGUUAAUUGAAGAUGUUGGCGUAGAACUAGAUCCUGUGAUUGAUAACGUAUUGGAAAAGAACUUCAUCAAAUCUGGUUCCAUAGAAAAGGUCAUAGUGGGUGAUAAAGAAUGUGAUGUAAUGCCCGGUUUUAUGCUUUACAUUACCACUAAAUUACCAAAUCCUCCGUACUCUCCUGAAAUAAGCGCGAAGACUUCGAUUAUUGACUUCACUGUAACGAUGCAAGGAUUGGAAGAUCAAUUGCUCGGCCGAGUCAUAUUGAUGGAGAAGUCAGAUCUAGAGGAAGAAAGAGUGGCUUUGUUUGAAUCGGUAAUGAAAAACCAAAGAAGUAUGAAAGAGCUGGAAAGUAACUUGCUUUGCCGUUUAACAUCAUCAGAAGGAUCAUUAGUUGAUGAUGAAGCCUUGAUCCAGGUACUUCAGAUUACGAAAACAACCGCUGAAGAAGUGAAUGAGAAAUUGAAAGUUGCAGAGGUAACCGAAAAGAAAAUUAUCAAAGCCCGUGAAGAAUUCAGAGCAGUUGCUGGAAGAGGAUCAAUUCUAUAUUUCUUGAUUGUGGAAAUGAGUAACGUGAACAUCAUGUACCAGAACUCUUUGAAACAGUUUCUGAAUAUAUUUGACAAUUCUAUCACGAAAUCCACGAAAAGCAAUGUUACAGAAGAGAGGAUCAACAUCAUUCUCAAAUACCUGACCUUCGAAGUAUGGGCGUUCACGUUGCGAAGUUUGUAUGAGCGCCACAAGGCUCUCUUUACUUUGAUGUUAGCUAUGAAGAUAGACUGUCAUAGAGGUAUAAUCUCCCACGACGAAUUUAUGGCGUUUGUCAAAGGCGGCGCUUCAUUGGAUCUGAACGCAGUUACUCCAAAGCCAUUUAGGUGGAUUUUGGAUAUAACGUGGCUGAACUUAGUUGAGAUUAGUAAAUUGAAAACUUUCAAUGAUGUCCUUUCGAGGAUAUCAACCAAUGAAAAAGAAUGGCGUGUUUGGUAUGAAAAAGCAAAACCAGAGGAGGAGACAUUACCAAGUGGCUACAAUGACAGCUUAGACGUGUUUAGGAAGCUCUUACUUGUUAGAUCAUGGAGUCCAGACCGAACUCUUUCCCAAGCCAGAAAAUACAUCGUUGACUCACUAGGACCCGAGUAUGGCGAGGGUUGCAUCUUAAACUUAGAAACUACGUGGGAGGAGUCUGAACCACGAACCCCACUUAUUUGCAUCCUUACCAUCGGCUCUGAUCCAUCCGCACAGAUCUCUGCCCUCGCAAAGGCUAAAGAAAUUGUUUUGAAAGCUGUAUCCAUGGGCCAAGGACAAGAAAUAGUAGCCCGUAAGAUGAUUUCUGACUCUAUGGCUGAGGGAGGCUGGGUGCUGUUGCAAAAUAUUCAUUUGUCUUUACCAUUCUGCGUUGAAGCCAUGGACGCACUCAUUGAGACUGAACACAUUGAGGACUCCUUCCGGCUUUGGCUAACUACUGAAGUUCACACAGAGUUUCCCAUUGGCCUCCUACAGAUGGCCAUCAAAUUUACCAAUGAACCACCACAAGGUAUUAGAGCUAGCAUGAAACGCACAUAUCAAAACAUUACACAAGAUACUUUGGACUACUCAUCUUUAUCGCAAUGGCCACCGCUCCUUUAUGCUGUAGCAUUCUUGCAUACAAUAGUUCAAGAACGGCGUAAGUUUGGACCACUAGGUUGGAAUAUACCAUACGAAUUCAACCAAGCAGAUUACGCUGCAAGCGUUCAAUUUGUCCAGAACCACCUCGAUGAAAUUGACCCGAAGAAAGGAAUAUCUUGGCCCACCAUUUGUUACAUGCUGGGGGAGGUCCAGUACGGUGGCAGAGUUACAGAUGACUUCGACAAACGAUUGCUGACCACUUUCACUAACGUUUGGUUCUGUGAUGUCCUCCUUCGUCCCGGUUUUGAGUUUUACAAAGGCUACAAGGUUCCACAGACGAGAAAUUUACAGGGAUAUGUGGAUUAUAUCAACCAACUUCCUUUACAAGAUACCCCUGAAGUCUUUGGGCUACAUGGGAAUGCUGACAUAACGUACCAGAUUAACAGUGCAAAGGAUAUUUUGGAUACGAUACUCAGUGUCCAGCCGAAGGAGGGUGGAAGUCAAGGCGGGGAGACCAGAGAGAGCAUAGUGUACCGUCUAGCUGAGGACAUGCUGGACAAGCUGCCGAAGCAGUAUGUCAGUUUUGAAGUCAAAGAAGCUCUCCAGAAAAUGGGGGCCUUUUUACCCAUGAACAUCUUUUUGAGACAAGAAAUAGAUAGGAUCCAGAAAGUAAUCAAAACUGUGCAGUCAACACUUUGCGAUCUGAAACUGGCAAUUGACGGCACCAUUGUAAUGAGUCAAGGUUUGCGAGAAUCACUUGAUGCUAUGUACGAUGCCAGAAUUCCACAAAAAUGGCUCAAGGUAUCCUGGGAAUCAGCUACUUUGGGUUUCUGGUAUACUGAGCUGCUGGAGCGCGAGCAACAGUACCGAGUGUGGCUGCGUAACGGCCGACCGACCACUUUCUGGAUGACUGGCUUCUUCAACCCACAAGGAUUCCUCACCGCUAUGAGACAGGAAGUAACACGUAGCCAUAAAGGCUGGGCUUUGGACUCGGUUGUACUACAGAACCACAUCACGAAGUUGAAUAGGGAGGACGUGCACGAGGGACCGGCUGAAGGAGUGUACGUUUAUGGUCUCUUCCUUGAAGGAGCAUCACUAGACAGAAAAACUGGAAAAUUGAUUGAGUCGAAGCCGAAGGUUUUGUACGAGCAAAUGCCAGUUAUCUACAUAUUUGCUAUUAACACGACUGCUGGCAAGGACCCUCGUCUGUACGAGUGUCCCAUCUAUAGGAAGCCUCAAAGGACAGACGCGAAAUACGUGGGGUCCAUCGACUUCGAAACGGACAGCAACCCGCGUCACUGGACCCUACGGGGGGUGGCUCUUCUGUGCGACAUCAAGUAGUAGCAUCGUCUCUGUUUCGAUCGAUCGACGUCUAUUUAUUUAUUUUAUUUCGAUUCAUCUACAAUCGAUCUGUAUUCAAUGCAGUGCUAUUUGU